AUGCGCGCUACAUUCAGUUCGUGGCUAAAGCGCGCAUGCGCAGUGCGCUCGCUGAAGUUUGGAGUGAUUCGUGGAAGUUUUAGAUUUUGGAGGAAAAAAAACCCUGCUGAAAAUCGCUAACUUGUAAAAUGGCCUUUCGCAGGAGAAACAAGAGUUAUCCUUUCUUCAGCCAAGAGUUUCUCAUUCAGAAUCACGCGGACAUUGUGUUCAGUUUGGUGAUUUGCAUUUUGAUUGGGCUGAUGUUUGAGACAACAGCGAAAACAGCCAUUUUUUUUUUUUGCAGUUCUUUAAUGUGCAUACCACGUUUUUUAUUAAUUAGCAUUUUCUUGGCUGUUGUGUGCUCCAUUCAGAAAGUAAACCGGCGUCUUCACUUGUCGAAGAGUAAAAACACAAAGUUUAAUGAAUCUGGGCAGCUGUGUGUGUUUUACCUGGUGUCCAGUUUAUGGAGUCUCUACGUCAUCGCCACAGAGGGAUACCUUCUGCGUCCCAGCAGCCUUUGGGAGAAUUAUCCUCAUGUUCACCUGAGGUUUCAGGUGAAGUUCUUCUACCUCACACAGCUGGCGUACUGGUUUCACGCACUACCUGAGCUUUACUUCCAGAAAGUGAGAAAGGAGGAAAUCCCACGUCAGCUGCAGUACAUCAGUCUUUAUCUCUUACACAUUCUGGCUGCAUAUCUGUUAAACUUGACGCGGGUCGGGCUGGUUUUGUUGUUUCUGCAGUAUCUUUCUGAGAUGGGUUUCCAUCUGUCUCGACUGUUUUAUUUUAUUGAUGAAAACCAGCACAAAAUGUUUGAGAUGUGGUCCAUCGGGUUCGUCCUGACCCGUAUGAUCACUCUGACUCUGAUGUUCCUGGCUGUGGGCUUCGGUUUGGCUCGUGCAGAAAACCAGACACUAGAUUUGGAGGCGGGAAACUUCAACACUCUUCCUAUAAGGCUGCUGGUGUUGUUCGUGGUGUGUUUCACUCAAUCCUGGCUGCUCUGGAAGUUCUUCCGUUUCCAGCUGAGCCGAACGCGUGAGCUGAGACUGGAGCAGGUGGCCCGGAAGAGAGCGGCCACUAAACAACAGAUGCAGCGCACUCUGAAACGAGAUUCAGUUGGUCACCAUGAGAAUGGACUGAUUAAAGCAGAGAACGGCACAUCUCCUCGUCUCAAGAAGAUCAAAACGCCGUAAACUUCAGCCCCAUUCCAGCGCAUGGCCUCCACACAUGGAGGGCACGGGGACAGGAAACAGCACAGCCUGCCUCCUC